GUGCUUCGCCAAUUUGUAAGACAUGAGUCUGAUACAGUUGGCUCAUUGGUACUCGAAAGAUCCAUGAAUCGUGUUCAGUUACUUGGUCGAGUGGGACAGGACCCUAUCAUGAGGCAAGUGGAUGGAAAAAAUCCUGUUACCAUAUUUUCUCUUGCAACCAAUGAGAUGUGGCGAACAGGGGAAAGUGAGGUAACCCAGGGAGGUGAUAUCAGUCAGAAAACGACAUGGCACAGGAUCUCUGUCUUCAGACCGGGCCUCAGGGAUGUUACGUAUCAGUAUGUGAAGAAGGGUGCUCGACUCUAUGUUGAAGGGAAGAUAGACUAUGGUGAAUAUACAGAUAAAAACAAUGUGAGGCGGCAGGCCACAACGAUUAUAGCAGAUAAUGUAAUUUUUCUGAGUGAUGGUGGUAUGAGAGAAAAGGUGUGAGGUCAUUAGUGCUUGAACCCUGGCCAUUUCAUUCCUUUUGUUUAACAGUACUUCAUAAUUCUGUAAUGAUGUGUAUUGCUGUAGUUUCUUCAGAAAAUAAAUGAAAUGUUUGAUACCU